AUGGAAACUAUGCGGACUAAUCUUAAAUUCCGGAAAAGUGGAAAGAUGGCAACUAUAGCUGGAUUUUACGAGGAUGAAUGUCAGACUAUCCAUAUUAAGACAGUGCUGAUCCAUAAUGAGACAAAUCUGUUGAUCUACUACGCGCCUGAAGCAGCGAACGGUGUGGACCACUAUGGGGUGAUGUUCUAUCCUAACUUGGAACGUGCUGGCUAUGAAUUUACAGAAUGGAUGCUGAAGGAAAGAAGAUUGAGUCGCAGUCUUAUGGACGAGGAGUGUCAAAGACGACGAAAGGCAUUGUGA